CAUUUCGAAAUUAUAAUGUAAGAAUUCACACAUUGCCAUAGAAGCAAACAAAAUUGGAUUGCAAUUUGAAAUUUGAUUUGAUAUAAUUAAUGUAUUCAAUUCAUAUUCCAACGUAAUAAGUCCCUCAUGCAACCAUCGUACUUUUGUGUUUUUAUUGUAUCGUUUUUUUUGUGCGAUGACGUACGUCAAAAUUAAAAUUGAGCACCUUGCGGCGAUUCCGCGUUCGCGUUAGUGGUUUGGCAUAUUUGUGAAGAUUGCGGUACCGUUAAUUAAUGUAUAGUAUGACAGAUACAGUCAUACAGUAAUACCAUACCCGUAUUACUCUGUUUUGGUUUUCGUGUCCAUAUAUUUGAACAUAGUUAAGAUCACAAUAUCCUACAAUAAUGAAACAUAUCCAAGCAAUACUUUUUUGUCAAAUUAUUGCUGUUAUAUCAUUAUGCCAAACUGAAGAAACAUUUCACUGUACUGCAAAACCUGGAUGUCAGAUUGCCAAUUGUGAUCCAGUUGCAUCAGAUUGGAAUCAGUCGGAGUAUGACAUUAGAAAAUAUCUGCUAAGAAAGGAAUUUCCCAUAAUUUGCAAACAGAUGGUGACAAGGGACAGCUCAACUCUUCUCCAGCUUGUGUAUAACAAUAUAAAAGAGAACGAAUAUCUGAAAGUUAAAGUUGAGCAGAUGGAACAACGCAUUGAUUCAUUGACAGCAACGAACAACAUUUUGACAACAUCAAUCGAAAGACUGGAAAAGACUCAUUCGGAAAUGCAAAAGAAAAUAUGCUUUGACAAAAGUGGAAUAAUAGUUGAAUCAAUGUGCUAUUGGUCAGAAGUUCAUUCUACACGGAACACAGAUCUUGAGGAAGCUCGAGAAAUCUGUGUCGCCCAAGGAUUCAAACUCGCUGAUGUUUUUACGAUGUAUCAAUAUGACAUCAUAAUGACAUACCUAAGAAGACAAAUGCCUGCAAAAAGUUUGCGAUUCCAUAUUUGGACAGGAAUGAAAAAAGAUAAAAUUGGGAACGCAAUUCUUUCAAACGGCAAAAUAGCAACGUAUAAAAAAGUUAGGACAAUUCCAAGUGUUUGGGCAAUGGCAGGAUCACAACGAACCCGUGUUUACAUCCUCGUGCACAAAAAUUCCGAAGAUUCCGAUCAGGGUUUAGGAGCCAUGUCGUGGUCGGAAGAAACUUUUGGGGCAUUAUGCUCAUUUUAUAUUUUGUCGUCAGUACCCAGGUUAUCUUAAAGUAAGAUACACAUUAUUUUACGGAGAAA